CGGGACUCCGGCUUGAAAUUGAGGCUGCUGUUGCUGCUGCUGUUGAGGUUGGACCUGGUUGUACUGUGGUGGUGCUUGGAUCUGGUGUAUUUGGGGUACCGGCUGGGCUUGGGCUUGUGCGCUUUCUCGUACUGGGCUGUAUCUUCUCCUCUUUUUGAACAGUUGAGGCCAUGUUCUGCUCAGAGGGCCGCGGUGUGAGUGUGUGUCGGUUUCCACCGAUUGCUGUGCCUGGUAAGGUUGCAUGGCUACCAAUGGGGUCGUAACAUUAGAAGAGACAGUAUGGCCGGCUACGGAUAAUUAAGUUACAGUCCAGAUGUGUGAAACGAUAUGUUAUCGACGUCGUCCAGUUGUUUAUCCGAGUCGGAACUCCAGAGAUGCAAGUGAUUACACGUGGAGCACGUGUUUUAGCUCGUCUGACAGGCACCCACUCCUGAGCUUCAGAGCAGUCGUAGCCCUGCAAUCAUUCGCCGAUUUGCCCAGACUUGCUCUUUCGCUGUUCUGUAUCAAAGAAGGGGAACGCAGAUCAAAGUACCUCACAGUCUUCGAGACAAAUCGUAAGAUACCACUUCCACCAUUAUCUGUCCGACCCGCCGACACAUUAAAAGCAACGGUGACACCCACAUCCCUUCCACUACCCCCCGAAGCAUGUGUGGAAGCUAACGCUUGGCGUUCGAUGCUCCGCGAUGUUGCAUGCUCCAGCCAACCGGAGAGUGAAAGCGACCCACGUGUGGCGCCAAGCCUCAGCAACGCCGCGCAGGGUCGUUGUCAGAGCGCCACGGGGUUGCUGAUCAGCCCAGUUGAGCACCGAAGGAAUGCCCAGAUGAGUUUGGUCUGGCGGUGGGAAGGUUGCCACUACGAGAAGCACGGCAGGGAGAUCGAACGAAAGUCGCCUUGGUGGAGCAGCGUUCCUAGCUCCCGCGACCUACGGGCGGCGCCCCAGAUUACUUCGUGGAGCGGCUGGUGCAAGCGGUGAAUGGAUACGAGCCUACGAUGGCAUGUAUAGCGACGGAGGAUGGGCAGCAGUCUAGACGGGUUUCAACACGGUGGCGGAUAGCGACACCGAUGAUCAUAAUAGUCAUCCUG